GAUUAUAAACCAAAAAAGCUGCUAAUGUCGCUUGAACUGCAGAAAGUCCUUUUGGUUCUGUCCAUCGCCCAUUCGGCACUGGUUCGAGCAGCGCUGGAAUGUCGAUUAGAAUCCUUAUCGAAAAUUGAUGGAGACAAUGAAACACUGUUUGAAUUUAAUUUCCAAGUGGUUGGAAGGGAACGCCUAUUGAAUGGGACAAUAAACUUACACGUCGAUUUGGAUAACAAUUACGAAAUAUCAACCGAUGUAUCUACACUCUUGAAUGGAGAGUGGGAGUCAUCAAACAUCCGCGCGCAGUACAAAACUUGCAUGUAUUUGUCGAUCAUUUAUGACAAUUACUUUGCGGUUUCAUUCAAGGACACGAAUAUUCCAAGUCGCACCUGUCCAAUCAAAAAAGGUGAAUACUAUGCAAGAAAUGUGGAGCUAAUCGCCGACAAUUGGGCCCAAUAUGCCAAAUUGGGCUUAGUCCGGGCGUCAAUUAUAUUUAGGAAGGGUAACGUUGUAUAUGGAGGCUUGGAUGUUGUGCUGCUUUUGAGGCAGAAGAUCAUGUAA